AUGGAGCCUCACUCACGACCCUGCGCGCCCCAAAAUGGCACGUUGCGUCUGCCACAGGCUCUGCUGUCGCUCCUGAGCACUGCCCUCGCCGGCUCCCCCAGCCAUCAAGUGACACAGACCGACACGCACCUUGCUCGCUGGAACGGCGCGGAUAUAAAGAAGGCCUUUUGCCAUCUCCUUUACCUGCUCAACCCCUUCGCGCCCAACCACGCCAAUUGGCCUUUGACUCUUGUGGGCAUGGUCGAGUUGACAGCCCUGUGUGGAAUUGCAUCGGUGCUGUGCAUGCGCAGGAAAAGGGAUGGGAAACGAAGACCUGGCGAGACACAGCACGCCUCCAAUGCCCCGACCGAUGAUGCCGCCAUUACGGAUCCGGGACUGAUAAAGAAGUACUCGACAGUCAAGUCGUACACUGUGCCCUCUACUGGCUUUACCUACCCUGAGCUUCGUACUUUCUACCGGCCACACCACCAAGAAAGCAAACUGCCCAAGCACCCUUGCCCAAUCCCGCUCCUGGUCUUUAUCCACGGCCUUGGCGGAUCCAUUGCUCAGUUCAGCCCUAUCCUUAUCAGUCUUUCCAACCUAGCGCCAUGCCUAGCUCUGGACCUUCCUGGAUGCGGCGCAUCGGCUUUUGAGCCAAAGGCAUGGGAAGCUUAUACAACAGACGCCCUGAUACAACUUCUUGCAGUCGUCAUUGAAGCCCAUCGUGCAACUGAUGAGAGACAGCCUAUUGUUUUGGUUGGCCAUAGCAUGGGGUGUUCGCUGGCCGCCCUCCUGGCCUCCCCCACCUCUCCUCACGCCCAUCUCCUAUCUCAAUACGUCAGUGGCUUGAUUGCUAUCUGUCCAAAGGCCGAGCCUCCCACUGAGAAGCAAACAACGCAAUUACAGUAUAUCUCAUUGGUGCCCCCAGUUUUUUUCGACCAAUUGAGACGCUGGGAUCGAAGAGGGGGUAUCAACAGCAAGAGUGUUUUACGCAUGACAGGGGCUGACGCAGACGUGGAGACGAGGAGGAUGCAGCUGUGUUUUAAUGAGCACAGCCGGAGCCCUGUAUGGCAGAGAAUGGCGCGGGGCAUGUGUCCCGAUUACUCCAGUGGCUCGCCCAAGGGUGGUCUUCCAGGGAAAGAAGUUUGGGGUGGUCUCAACAUUCCAAUGUUUCUCGCUGGCGGCGAAACAGACGGGGUGACACCAGCCUCGAACAUCAAGCGCAUCGUGGAGUUUUUGGGAAGAGAUGUAAGUGCUAUUCAGCCGCCUAGUGAGAAGGCAAGCUUGCCCAUCGCAGCCGCACCGUUUGUUCCUGCCUCGGCCAUAUCAAACGUGUCCGCAAAGCCGCAUCAAGAUUCAGGUGUUGAUGUGGCGGAUCUUCCGCGGUCCGAAGAUGACAGCAAGACGAUUGAAUCCACUUCUGCAUCCACUGCCAAUGAGAGUCUGGCGUCUACAGAAGAUAGGACGAUGAAUGGGAGCAUGGCUAGCGCAGAUGAUUCACUUCUCCCAGGUACUUUGGCGUCGUCAUUGACCACACCGUCACCUCAUCCACGCAGACUUGUUGUCAAAACAGCCAUUAUGCCCAAGCCAGCAGCCCACUCCCUCCUCUUCGCCCCGUCCACCUCGCGCAUCAUAGCUGGCCUAAUAGGGACUUUCUUCGCCGACUAUAUCGACCCUCGUCUGUCACUGGCUUGGCAACUCAGCUACUUGUCAACCGAAGGUAAAUGGGAUGUCAAGAAUCUUGAGAAGUGGAAGGCGGUACAGCCUGUAUCUGCACCCAUUGGCGGCGUCUUCCGCGCGAUGAAGACUCUUCGCGAAGUCGACGAAGAGCACACGCCGAAAGUUCUUACCAAGAAGUGGGCUGGCAAGCUUUGCGCCGUCAUUGAUAUUUCGCACGACAACCCAGUCUAUGACCCAAAAGGCUUAGAAGAAGGUGGCAUUCCGUACUACAAGUUUCCGACGGUAUCCAAGCAGCCCCCACAUAGCGCUGAAGUCAAGGAGUUCUUUGAUCUCGUCGACAGAAUUCGUGCGGAGCAAAGGCCUGGUCUGAUUGGCGUACAUUGCCACUACGGCUUCAACCGCACCGGCUUCUUUUUGGCCUCGUAUCUCAUCGAGCGUCUGGGAUACACGGUUGAAGAUGCGCUUGAUGCAUUCCAGCGAGCCCGUCCACCAGGCAUCCGGCACUCGCAUUUCGUUGACACCUUGUAUGUCCGCUACUGCCAGGGUCUCAAACGAGCCCCGACACUGUGA